GGUGCUGCCCAGCUGGGUGCGGUGCGGGGCGCAAGCCGGGGCGCUAGGGGCCGAGGUGGCGACAUGUCCUCCGGGGUGGCCGCCCGCCGCGACGCCAAAAAGCUGGUGCGCUCCCCCAGCGGCUUGCGCAUGGUGCCCGAGCACCGCGCCUUCGGAAGCCCGUUCGGCCUGGAGGAACCGCAGUGGGUCCCAGACAAGGAGUGUCCAAGAUGUAUGCAAUGUGAUGCCAAAUUUGACUUUAUCACCAGAAAGCACCACUGCCGCCGCUGCGGGAAGUGCUUCUGUGAUAGGUGCUGCGGCCAGAAGGUGCCACUCCGGCGCAUGUGCUUCGUGGACCCCGUGCGGCAGUGCGCCGAGUGCGCCCUGGUGUCCCACCGCGAGGCAGAGUUCUACGACCGGCAGCUCAAGGUGCUCCUGAGCGGAGCCACCUUCUCUGUAACUUUUGGAAACUCAGAAAAAUCUGAAACCAUGGUUUGUCGUCUUUCCAACAACCAGAGAUGCUUGAUUCUGGAUGGGGACCACCACUGUGAAAUUGAGAUUGCGCACAUCUCCACUGUGCAGGUCCUCACAGAAGGCUUUGCUCCUGGAGACACUCACACUUACACCAGCGUCCUGGGGAGCCAGCCCACCUCCGAAGGAGGUAAUGCUCGGGCCACAGGUAUGUUCCUGCAGUACACAGUGCCAGGGACAGAGGGCGAGGCCCAGCUGAAGCUGACCGCAGGGGAGGACGCGAAUGCCAGCAGGAGGCAGGCCACAGCGUGGCUGGCAGCCAUGCAUAAGCCAAGGGAAAGUAUGAAGCUGCUGCGCUCAUCUCUGAACCUUAGACAAACUCGGACAACAUGAGGACACUUGCCUCCAGGGAGCAGGAAGGUGGGACCUGGCAGCCCAGGAGCUUCCCCCGGGGUCAGAAUACGGCCCACAGGUAACACUGCACACCCAGCAACCCAUGAACCAUGAGUUCUGGACACUGCAGUCAAUGCCUGAGAAUGCCUGAGGCAGCCCAACCCGGAACUGCCCCACAGGAUCCUCCUGGAAGGGUCAGAGUCACCGUCAGCUCUGGGUGUAUGGAACUGAUCUACACUCGCUCAUCUGCCUUCCAAGAAGGGCCUCAACUCACCCUUUCCAGAGCUUUUCUCCCCCAUGGGCUGGGGACCCUCCUAAGGAGCAACACCCUUCUCAACUCACCCACUCCCAGGUCACAGCCAGGAAGCCCAGAGGACCAGUGGUCAAGUCUCACCCUUGGCCCCUACUCACCAGAUAGCUUCUGGCACAAGCUACCAUGAAGCAGGAAGAAAAAUGAAAUUCCUAGAAUCUCAUCCUUCCAGGAGCUGGAUUUCUAUGUGGUAUGAGAAGGCGGUCAGACAGGCAGUCAGAGAGCUACAAAGUGCCCGCUGUGUUUCAUCUUGUCCUUUCAUUUCACCUGAUGCCCACGGACAUACUUAUGUAAGAAAUGUAAGAACUAUGCUUCAACCUAAACAGCAAGUGGCUCCAACAUAAGGAUGUGGAUCCGUACUUUUUUUUUUGAAGUUGUACAUGGAAAGAAUGCCUUUAUUUUUGUUUUAAUGUGGUACUGAGGAUGGAACCCAGAGACUCACACGUGCUGGGCAAGCUCUCUGACCCUGAGCUCUGACCCUAGCCCUGAACUUCCUUAGAGUAUAAUUUCCUAGGCCCCAGAGGAGAGGAUAAAUUCACCAUACCUGCUUUAACUGACUUGUUUAAGGUGCCGUGCACUGCUGGUUGGUAAUUCUUAGGUGGUGUGGCUUGCUGGAGGUACAUGGAGUAUAUGGAACUUGAAUUCACCGUCUGGGGUCCUUUCCUGGGAGACUGUGGCCUUGAUCCUUUAUCAGCCAGAAAGGGCCUAAUGGCUACCGUCAGUGGGAGUUCAGGUUUGCCAUCUCCAGCUGGAAAGGCAGGUGGCCCUGAUGGCGGGUACGUGGGACUUGGAGGCACAGAAAUCCUCUGCUGGAUCUGCUGUGAGGAGCCUGGCUGGGGGGCACUGGCUGCAGGGGGCAGCGGGGCAGGCUUCGGCCGGCUGGGUGGGCCUGUACUGGGUCUGGGUGAGCUGCCUUCUUUCCUCCUCUCCAGGGAGCUUGCUGACCCUGGGCCCAGGGGUGCAGGACUUGGGUAUGUCCCAUAGCUUGGAGGCAGUGGCUUGCCUGCACCAGGGAUGGGAGGUGGCCCUUUACCAAUAUCCACGCCCUAAAUUUAGGUGUUAAGAAGAGAAACAAGUUACUCUUUGGAAAGUUAAGCACAUUUAAACCCAUACUUGCAAAAGAAUACAUGGUAGAAUUUGUAAUCCUUCAAAUCAGUUGUGACCAGGACACAGGGCACACUGUUGGGCUCAUCAUUUGCAAAACUUAGGCAAAAGUCCUAUGCAUGUGUGUUCUGCACAGGCCCUGAAGGUGUAGUAACCCUAGAAUCCUGGGGGUGAUGUGGAUUGAUUUGCUUCACGCCCCUGAGUUUGAAUUUAAGGGGCUGGUCCUUAAACUCAUGAUACUCUGUGGUAAGGACAGGUGGCCUACCAGCUUAUCUGUGGCUCCCAGUGCAGACAAGGGUAGCGGCUGACUUGAGAUCGCACCCUGCUUUAGAGCCCCCUCCACGCCUGGGUCCUUCCAAUCCACAUUGGCCAUCUGCGCCGGCUUCAUCGAAGAGCCAGAAUUCUGCUUUAAUGUUGGCCAGCUUCCAUCAUUAGCUUGAAAAGAACACAGAAUUCUAAGUGAAAUUUUUCUUGAAAUCAGUUGCACCAAUCUAAAAGCACACUUUGCCAGAAUACAAAUAUCACUGGGACUUCACAUUCUGAGGGAGCUCCAUGAACCAAGAGGACAACCACCAUCUGGCACAUGGAGCUAUCGACCUGCACAAACCCCCACAGGUCUGUGCAUGAGCCCAGGGUAGCCUCUAUGGGAAACUCCUGGCUAGUGUGGCCAACAAGGCCAGAGACUCAAAGACCAUGCUAAGGCUGGUGCAGGACAGGUUACACCCACUGAAGUACAGGUCAAAUUCACUACACCCACAGCACAGAAUUAAGCAAGCAAUAGAAUUUAAGAAAUUUUUUUUUUUUUUCUUUUGGUACCAGGGAUUGAACUCAGAGGCCCUUGGCCACUGAGCCACAUCCCCAGCCCUAUUUUGUAUUUUAUUUAGAGACAGAGUCUCACUGAGCUGCUUAGUGCCUCUCCAUUGCUGAGGCUGGCUUUGAACUCGCAAUCCUCCUGCCUCAGCCUCCUGAGCAGCUUGGGAUUACAGGUGUGUGCCACCAUGCCCGGCUGCACUUAGCUUUGAAAACUGUUUAUAAAUACAAUUUUGUACAGCAAUAAAAAAGAUCCUUUGUUUUUUAAAUCCUUAAGAUUUAUCUUUUGAUUUCCUAACAGGUUUGACCUGUACUACUUGCACGAUUAAUCAAAUUUCUCCUUCAGUGAGGAAGUCCUUUCUGCUAAGAUAAUUAGCAAUCACAAGAGGCCAGCAUAAGUUCCCACUGAUCUGCUGCAGUGAUUAGAGAGCAGUCAUCAUCCCCAGGUUUCCAGGAAAGCCACUGAAAAGAUUCAUGUUUUUACAGAGCAUUUUCCAAACUGAAAAAGGGUGCAGAGGGGCUCCCUGGUCAUGUAGGGUCACACACCAUGAUCCAUGUGUCACAGCAUCUGUGGAUCAGUUGUGUACCCUGCGUGGAUGGGCACCUACUUUGCUUCAACAAGCAAGGUGCAGAGCUGCUUAGACGUGGCAACUGCUCCAGCCACCAAUAGUUUGGGAUGGACAGAAAUCAGCAUAGACAGAAGGGGUAACUAAGCAGCACAGGGUAGUCAUUUGUCUUCACACCAAAAUUUGAGGUAAAACAUGAAGAGUAAAGAGCUUCUCAAAUGUGCUCUGGUACAGCCUGAGUGCAGCAAGCCACACAUAGGCUGCUCCAGAGCCAGCCUGACCUGCAGCAGUGCUGCUGCAUGGCCUGCUGCGCUCACUGCUGUGGGGCUUGAUUCCUACAGAGCUGAGGACGCCACCCAAGUCACCAGGCCCCGGCCAGUGUCUCAACCAGCGCAAGCUGUCAGCCUCCUGCAGGCCACACGUGCGUGUACCUCCAUCCCCUUAGAGUUCUCUGACUCUGAGGACAUGUGGGCCCUGAGGGGAGCGCUCUGUGCUGAUAGGGAAAAGCAGAGCCCACCUGAGCCCCAAAGAGACAAGCAGGAGGAGCAGGUGCCAGUCCAGGACCUGGAUUUCUAUCCUCUCGGGGCACAUGGCUGUUCAGUGGCUUCUGAAAGCCCUCAGCAAUGGACAUUUUUAUGAAAUCAGCCAUGGAGGACUAAGAAGUCACCUUCUUUUCUCAGGGAACAGCUGGAGGCACACAAGGCAGGACACUGCUUCUCAUACCGUAAUACUUUCCAUUAUGAUGGGAGAUUCUUGCACUGAACAUAAACUGAAACUUCAUCAUGAACUCAGAAAAUCAGAUGAACUUUUUUUUUUUUUUGGUGGUGCUGGGGAUUGAACCCAGAGCCUUGUGAUGCAAGAGGCAAGCACUCUACCAACUGAGUCACAUCCCCAGCCCCUCAGAUGAACUUUUGAAAAAGAAGCAAACAAACAAAAACUACCCCAAACCAAAACUGUUGUGUGGCAGAGCCUGUAACUUGGUGUGAUUGGGCACGUGGACCAACUCGACACCAGCUGGGGAGAGACUUCCACAUCCAGAUGAUGAACAGCCCUUUGUCAGUUUGGAAAAACAAAUGGUUGCUGAUUCGGUCUGUGUGAAAGGAGACUGAAAGCAUCCCACUAAGCCCAUUAGCCACAUACGGUUUAUGAGUGGGCUUGCAGAAUGCCGCAAUGAGCUGCAGUCAAGCCUGAUGUCCAGGUCUGACACUGUCCACGUGCUGGUCACUCUGGAUCUACUGUGGCCAUCUGUGUGACACAGAACCAGGAUAGCCGACAGCGAGGGUUAGUGUCCCCAUCGUGGGGACCUCAUGCCCUGACUCCAUGUCUGAGAUUCUGCCCCCAGCGUGGGUAUACACAGGUUCCUGUGUCCAGUUGCUCUACACCACGGUGGAAGGACUGAGGCCAGGCUCUGCAAGGCCGUCUUCUUCCAGCAAGCUGCUAAGGCAGCACAGCACAGAGAGGAGAGUGGGUACAGGAGCCGCCUUCAGCUGGAAGGAGCUGGCUGUGCUCAUUACCUGUACUGACGCAGACAACCACUCCUCCCACAGAAAGGGUGGCUCAAACCAUAACAGAAGCUCAUCAGAGAACACCACCAAGACCAGGGCCAUGAAGAGAUCUGAGCAGCGGCUGUGGUCUCCAAGGACUUGCAGUUCAGAUGGAGCCCUGAGCCUCUCAGUGGGAGCAGCAGAUGUACCGCUGUACUUACUAGGUACCAGGUCAGAGCAAGUGUCACAAACAAAAGACCAGCACACAUCAGUCACCAAUCCUGAAAACAGGACAGAACAGAGGAAGAGCAGCUGCACUGUUUUCAUAAAUGAAGGGAUGUCCCAGUGUGUCGGGACAUGACCUCCUGACACUGUGUUACAGGAAAACAAGUCAACCCCAGUCAUGAAGAAGGUCCUAUGGAAAGGAGCCCCAACUUUUUUCUUUUUUUCUAGUACUGGGGACUGAGCCCUGAGUGCUCUACCACUGAGUUACAUCUCCAGUCACCCUCUUUUUUG